UUUUGAAUUUAUUUUCCAACAACGAUCAUUAAUUAAGCGCCCAAAUUUCAUUGUCAGAAUUUGAUUGUUAUUUAAUUUAAUUGUGAUUACAUUUUGUGAGAAAUAUAUUUAAUUUAAUCAUCUUUAGAAGGUGAUAAUUAAGUUGUAAUUAUGGAUGGUUUUAAAUAUCCCAUUGCUUCCGAGGAAGAGCUUGUUGAUUUUUUUAAUUCAAACUUCCUGAUGAACAUUUCAUAUGAUAGUUUCACCAAACCAACCAAAGAAUUGGUUUGUUCAAUUUAUGAUAAAUUUCUGUUCGAUUUUGGUGUUGAAUAUCGUAUUCCUCAAUUGAAAGCCGUCCAAACGGAUAAUAUGGCAAUGAAUGCUAUCUCUUUCCCUUAUAUUAACCUGAGAAUGGCACUUUCAGAGUUAUUAAGUAAAACGGGUUUCAUUGAUUUAAGUUUCAAUGAUUUAUCUAAACCUCAACGCCGUCGGAAUCAGAUUAUCUUCUCACAAUUAGCUGGUCUUUGGACCCGAUUUUUUGAAGCUCAAGAAGCCUGGAAAACUGUUUCCAGUAAACAUGAGAUGAUGACCCGUAAAAAGAAUGAAGUAAGAAAAAAAUUGGAAGACAAGAAGCGAUCAUAUGAAACUAAACUGUUGGAAGCUUCGGAAUUGAAACAAGAUUUACCUGAGCACGAAAAUGAACUGGCCAAAGCAGCGGAAGAUUUUGCCAAUGAAAGAGCGAGAUCAACCAAAUUAAAAUCUGAACAAGAGAAGCUGAAACGAGAAAUGAUCCAUCUAAAGGAAAGAAAAGCUGAUUUAAUUCAACAAAAUGCUCAGAAAAAGGAGGAAAUUUCUGAAAGUGAAUCUCAAUUAGUUAAAUCACCAGAAAAAGUUUUCGCUGUAACUUCAAGAAAAGAAAAGGUUCGAGAUGAGGUUCGAACCGAAAGACAAUUGAUUAACAAACAAUUAUUGGAAAAACGAGCAGAAUUAAACGCUCUCAAGGAAGAAUUGGAAGAUCACAAACCGAUUACCAAAGUUCUGGAAGAGUUUAAAGGUCAUUUACAGAAUUUAAAAUCAAGUUGUCUCAAUGGAAUACAAAUGGAAGAGGAAGAAAUUGCUGCUCGGGAGAUGAGAAUUUCUCAAUUGGACAUUCAAAUAGUCAAAACAACCGAAAUUCACGAAGGAGUAAUCAAACAAAAAUCGAUUGCAUCGAGGUCACACGAACAACGAAUGACAACAUUGAAAGAUAUGAUUAAAGAGAUUGAGGAGACAAUUUCCAAUUUAGAAAAAGAACAAAAUUCAAACGGUGAAACCUCAUCGACCAUCGAACACUCACUUCUUCAACAAUUAUCCAAAAUGAAAGAAGAUUACGAAAAAGAUUGUAAAGUAUUCGAAGAGAGCGAUCUCGAGGAGAAAAUGGCCUUCAUCAAAUUGAUCGAAACUUAUUCACACAAGUUCAAGAAAAUAUUAUCUUCCUACAAUAAUUGAUUGUUUUGUUUUUCAUGCAUUCUUUUAAUUUCGGUGUUUCUUUUUUAAAGACCAGCGAAAAGAAAAACACUUACACAGAUUAAAACACAGAUAAACACACAA